UGGAGGGUGCAGGAAGUUCAGUUCUGUGAGUGUACUCCAGCAUCGUGUGAAGAUGUGCCCCACGCUGCGCUCGCUGGUGCUUAUUAGCGUGAUAGGAUGUGUUGAACUGAUCUCGGUCAGUACUCCGCACAAACACGUCAACGUUACAAUUGGUGAGAGUGCCCUGCUCCAAUGUAUGUUCAGGUCUACCGACCAGACCACCACGGGCCUCACCAUCCAGUGGGACUUUGUUUCACCGUCCUCCAUGACGCCACAGCAGGUGUAUUACUCUCAGGCAGGAAAGGAUGUCAUCCCAAGUUCUUAUGAGGGCCGGGUUCAGCCUCCCUCUUCUCCCGGCACGACCAAAAACACCUCAAUAUCAAUACGCAACAUGCAACCAUCGGAUGCCGGAGUCUACACUUGUCAGGUCCACAACUUUCCUGAUGUGGACGGGCAGUCUGAGGUUAAUAUCAUCGUGAAUGUUCUUGAGAAGCCCAGUAGUCCUUAUUGCUCCGUCCACGGUGAUGUGGAAUCGGGUCACCGAGUCACUCUGACAUGUCACAGUGAGCGUGGCAGCCCGAACCCGAAAUACACCUGGAUCAGACUGGAUCAAACCAAGACACGGAGGCCUCUACUGGGAAGAGCAACCGAAACGGGAAUACUGGAAAUCAGAAACAUAUCCCAGUUUGAGUUUGGGGAGUACCAGUGCAACGCUACAAACGCGGUCGGAUUUUCCAUUUGCACCAUCGAGCUGAGUCCUGAAGUGGGCGAUGGAGUGAUUGCCGGCGCAGUGAUCGGCGCGCUGCUCGGCUGCGUGCUGAUCGUUCUGGUUGUGUGGUUCAUCGCUCACACGUUGAAGAAGCACAAAUACAACCGGGUCAAGCAAUCAGAGGCCAAUGAGAUGAAGAGGAGCGCGCCUCAGGCCGAGCAAGGCUCAGAUCACGUUACCGUGGCAACCCCAGCCAGCAACCUCCAUGCUGAGGGAGAUGAGCCACAAUCCUAAAAGCAACGUCACUCUUCUGAACGACAGGCUGUACAGGAUGUUCCUCACAUUUAAUCAAUAGGACAACGCUCACGUUCAUGUUUAAACUUGCAUUAUUGAUACACGUUUGCUGAAUCAUGAAGUUAUUGUGCUCAAUCUUGAAAAUGUCUUUCAUGAGUGUGUUUUUUUACUUCAAAUGUGCUUUGGUAAUUCUAUUGUUUGCUUUACCAUUUCAUAGUGUGCCAAUCAAACCAUGUUGAAGAGCCCUGCGUUAGUCAUACCAUCUGCCUAAUAUUAGUACAAAUAAUUACAUUUAUUGUAUGAAAUACCACAAUAAACUUGAGGGUAGAAUCUGCAUUAUGCAAAUGACCAGUAUGAUUACUUUUUAUAUAUUAAGAAAUGAUUAUGUUUAAAAACAAAAACAAAUGAUAGUCCUACAUUCAAAUGUAGUCUUUUAUAACAUUAACUAUCUUAACGAUUACAUCACAGUGUGCUUUUUUUGACAGAGCCGGUCCGGCGCUUUUACCGCAUGUUUUUGCAAGGGAGUGUACUCCGCUGGCUAGCCGCUCCACUAGCCACUAGCCGCCGCUUUGCACAGCGGUUAAAGCCCUGAUCAACGACACUGAAGCAUAGCGUCAACCCUCCGGUCCCCCCACCAGGUAAACUGUGUUUGCUCUGCCAGCACAUUUCACGCUGUUUGCACCGUUAGCGCCGUUAGCUGAGAGCCGCCAGCUCGGCCGUUGCCCCGCUGAACGCUGUUGAGAGGUAAUAGAAAUGCUCCCAAUUUUGUAUGUAGCACUUUUAAGUGUGACGAUUCCCAUAUGAAAUUUUACAAUGUUUGUAACA